AUGUCAAAGUCAAUUCUCUCGUCAAUCAAUCAAAUUAUUACUGAACAAUAUCAAAAACUAUCUUCAAUUGUCAAAGAUUCUCUCAAAGGUCAUCGAAUACUAAUUGCAGAUGAACGAGCAAAACAAGCUUUUACAGCAUUACAACGUAUUUUCUAUGAAUUUCAAUCUCAAAAAUUAUCAAAAAGAUUAGAAAAACGUGCUCAACGUGAAUACAAAAUCGUUCGAAGUAUUCAACGUCUUAUACGUCGACGAUCAGAUAUUGUUGUACAUCGAAGAGAUAAAGGAAAAGUUUUUUAUAUCGGUAGAACGGUUGAUUUUCAACGUAAAGCUGAAGAAUAUAUGUUAAAAACGGAAGCUUAUAAAGAAAUUACAAAUGGUCGUUGUCCAUUAGCCGAUAAUCUCCAUAGUGUCAAUACUUUACUUGAUUAUCUUUCUGGAACAUCAUUACGACGUAUAGUUGUAAGUAUUCAUGCACCAGCAACAUUGGCAUCGAAAUUUUUGAAUGAUCUUCUAGUACCUAUUUACUUAAAGGUUGCUCAUGGCUAUAUUACAUCAACAACAAAAUUUAUUACGACCGAUGUUGAAAAUCUUUAUACAAUGAUACCACGAGUAGGUGCAUUGGAAGCAUUAGAUCGAUUCUGUAUCAAAUAUUUGAAAGAAGGCAAAAUUGGAACAUUUACAAUUGAUCAUAUUAUGAAAAUGGCUCGUUUAAUUUGGGACACGAAUUGUUUCGCUUAUAAUAAUAAAUAUUACCGACAAAUUUAUGAAGGUACAAUGGAUUCAGCAUUUAUAUGCCGUUUGAGAGAGAACACAAUUAAAUCGCACAUCGCGGUUUUCAGAAGAUCGUCUGACAUAUUACAAAACUUUUUUCAAACACGGAACUUAUUAUAGUAUGGACUGAAAGCAUUUCUUUUCCUGGAACUAUCUUGGUGUGGUGCGAAACUCAUCAGAGUACAGAACGAAACUACUUUCGAUUCUAUAAAUCCAUAUAGUUCGAUACGAAAGUGUUUCCGAUUUUGGAACUUAUAGAAGUUCGAUGCAAAACUUUGUUUACCAUUGAACUGUUUUGGACAUUUACUAUAGCUGUACGAUAACUUUUAGAAUAACAUAAAGUACUACGAAAUCAUUUAGGUACCAUUUAUUACCAAUUUUGUUCUAGUAUAGUCAUACACAAUCUGUCAUAUCCGUCUACAGACAUUCGAAUGAGGUUUUUCAUCGUACACAAUACACAGUCUAAGAAUAUUUCUCUAGUACUUUUGUAUGCUUCAAACAUGAAAUUCAGGAUUGGGUAUUCAUUAUCAAUAUAGCAAUAUUGACAUUCGCUGAUUCUUUUGUUGAGUCAUGUAAUCUAGUAGAUUUUAUUUGAAGAAAGGCAUAAAUACACACGAUAAAAAGUGAGGAAAAGAGAAUGCGGAAAGAAAUGCUAGUUAGACAAGAUAUGGCAAUACUAAAUAGAUGAAGGAGCUAAAAUAUAAUAUGUUAUUAGAUUAAAUUGAAAAUAAUGUUUAUUAUAGGUAUUUUGACAUUGGAUCGGCCUUAGCAUCUCGACAUGGUUCAACACAUUGAUCUUUUUUCGCAGCCUCAAAACAAUCUUGUUUCGUUGUGCAUUUGUUGAUGGGAUUUGGCAAUUGUGUGUAACACCAACCAUUCAUGUUCUCUGGACCAGCACGAUCCAUACGUAGAUAACAUGAUCUGGCACACCGACCUUUGAGGCAAUCGUAAGUUAAAGAUGCCCCUGAAAAUAGAAAAGAAACGAGAAUUUCGCUGGUUUGUAUGACGUUAAUCAAUGAACGAACUAGCAGCUAAACUAUGUUAGUACUUGAAUCUUGAAAUACAGCGGAAAGCGUAUAGCAUCUCACCAUUCGAAUUGGCCCCCAGACACUUGCCGUUCCAGCUGCAAUCACUAUGACUCUUACAAAAAUAGUCAUUAGAAGUACCGCAAAAAUCUGGACCGUAUAGAUUAGCGUCUCCGUUUCCACCAGCUCCUCUCCAACAAUUUCCAAAAUGUCCACAACCCCAAUAAUCCGAAACCUCCGAAAAAAGAGAGAAAUAAAUCUCAACGAAAAUUCUUACACAAAACGGCCAAUUAGCUUCGUUUUUGAUCGAUUACUUUAAAGUUACUAUUUUUGAGAAUUGAAAUUCUGUCGCUUACUUUGUGUAGAAUCGCAAACUCCACUGAUUAUAUCUUUGCUUUCCCUAGGUUCGCCUCUUGAUGACAUCAGAUAGCAAAUUUUUUCUCCACAUUUCGUAACAUAUGACCAUGUAACGCAAGUUGAUGCAGCAUUGCACGCAUUCAAGCACUCCUGCCAAGCUUGUACUACGAGAUUGUUAUUCGAUGUCACACACGUGGCUUUGUCAGUUGGUUUAUAAUGUGCAUCGGCUAUUGACGUUUGGCAUCUUUGUUGGCCAGUUUGGCUUGCAAUAUAAAGUCUCUAUAAGUAGUAUUAGAAAGAUUAGAAAAAUGGAAACUGCAUAAUGCAACCAGCUAAUAUCACACAUUUUUCAUUCAACGCAUGGUACGAUUCGGCUCUCUUUUGAAGUCCAGCCCAUUUACCGAAAAAAUGACUUAUUUUCAAAUGCACUUAUGUAAAGAUACAUAAAGAAUAGUUUGUUCUACUUACGUC